CCUGAAAUCCAAAAUGAUCGAGCCAAGAUGGCUCUUGAUUCGAUCUGUUUGAUGCCCUAGUUUGGAAAUCCAUCACACUCUCGUCCGCUUCAUGGAGCCGUUUGAGAUGAAACUCAACGACAGGCAGAACGCGAAACCCUAAUUCCAUAAAGCAAUCAGGAACCAUGACGACAGCAGUUGAAAUCUUCGCGCCGGACUCCUUCGGCGCAGGUCGCCGAUGCGACAGCGAGUUCUGUCCUGUUCGCAACCCCUGGCCUCUUCACCACGUCGUUCACCGCGCCAAUUUCCGACGCCUGUGCACCUCCUGCGUUCUACGGCACCACCGUGGCUUAUUCUGCUCGGUCUGCCUCGAGGUCCUCGACUCCGUUCCACCGCCAUCCGGAGACACCGCCGUCGCCGGUAUCGCUCGCUGCCUCCGUUGCCCUGCCGCCGCCCACUCCUCCUGCUUUCCCGAUGACUCUGCGUCCAAUUACCUAUGCCCUAUCUGCGAGGAUCCCGAAGGGUUCUCGUACUUUCCAGUCGGUGACAAUGCGAUCGACGAAGCGGCGGCGAGGGCGCUACUAUCCGCUUCGAGAAUCGCGGCGGCUUCGAUGAGCCGGGCGGCGGCGGCAGCGAGGGUGGAGGCAGAGAGGAAGGUGAAGCUGGCAGCGGUGGCGAGAAAGACGGCGAAGGAGAUGCUUGAGACAGUGACGCUGUUGUCUAAUAAAAGGAAGGAAGAGAUGGAAGAAGCGGAUGGAAAAGAUCGAAUGAAAGAAAAUUCUUCUUCUGUAAAUAAAAAUGAAGCUCGGAAAGUGAAGAAGAAGAAGAAAAAGAUGAUUACUUUGAGCUCUUCAAGUGGUCUGUUAAAAAAGUUAUAGAAAGGGUUCACAACUUUGUCAAGGUGUGCUAGUGUUCUUUGAGGACUUUACUCAAAACCGUUUUGCUCGGUUCGUUGGUUCCAUUCCUUAGCUCUACCUUUAUUGAUUAAGGCUUUGAUGGGGACAUCCGGUUAUGGAAAGUUUAUCAUCGCCGAGGCCGGAGAUCAGCAGCCGUGAUUGAGUCGGUUUAUAUGUAGUUUGUUUUAUUUGAUCUUUUGGAUUUGUGUUGUUUUAUUUCCUAUUUUACCCUCAUGCGAGGGGAUGUUAUGUUUGGUGACCAAGGGUAUUUUGAUCUUGUUGUUUUUUCUUCUUUUUGGGCUUAUAUAUAAGACCCCUCAUCAUUUGUAAUUUGGUUAAUGAAUGAUGAAAACGUUUUUACCUUUGGAGCUUAGUUUUCUUCCUUCUAAAUAACUUGGUAAAGAUUAGUUUAGUGGCGUGAGUGUCAACAGUCGUUGGCUCUUGGUUUUAUCCUUGUUCUCAAAUCUCUCCAUCUCCUUCCCAACUCCCAACCGAACCCUUCCCCUACUCCCAACCGGCGUUCCCAAACUCCUGCAGCAAAUUUCUGCUUGGAAACCUACUGUCCAAAGCCUUCUAACCCCACCAAUAACCCUCCGUUUACCCUCCCUACUAGUGCUAGUAACCAACUACCCAACAUCCACUUUGGUGACCCUUUAUCUUCUAAAAAAACACUGAAAUUUCCCCUUCCAACAGCCAACAAAAUUCUGUCUUUACAACUUCCUCAUUGGAAGUUGGAAAGUCACCUUGUGCCUCUUCGUAUUCUCCAAAACCUUUUCCCAAACGUUAAAGUGCUAUCUUUUAACUUUCCGAAAGCCCCUCUUCAUUUCCCUAUUAAAUACAAGCCUCUCCGUACUGUCCAAAACCUUUUCCCAAAAGUUAAAGUGCUGUCUUUUAACUUUCCCAAAGCCCCUCUUCAUUUCCCUAUUAAAUACAAGCCUCUUCGUAUUCUCCAAAAUCUUUUCCAAAAGUUAAAGUGUUGUCUUUUAACUUUCCCAAAACCCCUCUUCAUUUCCCUAUUAAAUAAAAGCCACAUAACCUUCCAACUCCCUCUAACCUGCUACUUACUUUUCCCAACAGUGACUAAACCACAUUUUUCAUUAUAUCCCCUUCCCAAAACAGCCAAAACUAAUCCUCACUCAUUUUCUAAUCAUUAGAAAACUCCACACUCCUCCAUUAAACCCUCCACUAACACUCCAAAUAGCAUUCUCCCUUCCCAAAACAAUCAAAUCAAUAAAUGUUGUCCUCCAAAGUCACCUUAGAGGAUCCCUUUCAGAGAUUCAGCAAAAGUCGUUGUCUACCAAGGGAGUUAUUGGCCUCUUCGUCAACACUUUGUUCAACGUCCAAGCAAGAUAAGUGUCUUACAUUUUCUUAUUUACUGUUUAGCCUAGAUGUUUUAUUCUCCCCUCUGAAGUAGCAUCAAACAAGCGUAGCAACUAAUCUGCUUAGUCUACUUUCUUAAUCAAGAGCUUCGGACCUCAUUUGCAACUAAUCCUAAUUUAAAAGUGGGACUCUAGCUAUCCAUGUUCUCAUAGUUUUAAUUACUUUACUCCAUUUAAAUUGUGAAUGUCGCUACUAGUCAAGUUUCUUGUUUCUGCGUAGUUGCGUUGCCUGAAUAUCUUGUCUUAAUAAAUUUCCUUGGAGUUUAAAUUUGCAGUUUUUAUUUAUUCCCUAGCAUAAAUCUCUACCUGCAUGAUCAAUUUACUUUGUCUUGCAUCAGGCUUGCUCUAGAGUCAGAAUUUUUAUUAAUUAGUUUCAAAACACUAUUAGCUAUAGCUUAUGGUUGCCUGUUGUUUGCAUCCUAUUUUCAUUGGUAUUAUGUUGAUGAGCAAGGGUGGCGGGUAAUGGCUAGCAAACAAUCUUUUCUCACCAUUAGCUAGAUGAUACUUAACCCAUAGAUCUAAACUAAAAAAAUAAGUUUCUAGCCACUCUUGUUGUGGGAAUGAAAGAAAAAAAAGGGGAAAAGUGAAAUCUCUACAUCUUCUGACACAAAAAAGAAAUUCGAUUUUGAUCAAUUUUGGUCUAAAUCAUGAUUCAUAUUUAAGUCGGUUUAAUGUGGGUGAUCAUGAAAGUGACCUCUCUCUUGAUAUAGGAUAAAGUUUUUUUACAUGUAGAUUUUAACUAGGUAAUAGGUAUGUGCAUUAUUUGGAUAAAAUAAACAAAAAUCAAAUAGAAGCAAUUCUUAUUUGGUGGGUUUGGUUCAAUUGUUAAAGCAAUAAUUUAGUCAUUGGAUGUAAUUUUGACUUUACUUACUUUUCCAUUGUUGGAUUUAUUUUUAUUUUUGUAAAACUGAUCAAAUAAAAUUUUGAAUUGUACUAAUUUUUUUAAUUUUCAGUCAAUAAAGCC